AUGAAAGUUCUCUUCUACGCCAGUUUGUCCCUGUUUGGCCUCGCCAUUGUGAGCGUCCACGGGGACAAGAAGAAUGCCAUGAACUCCAUCAAAAACGAAGGCAAAAAUAAAGCCAAAAGCCAAAACGCCGGAGCAAAUACGAACAUGCAGGAUUUGUUCAACUACGAUGAACUCGAAAAAAUAAAAAAACUCAUAAGCGAAAACAAGUUGGAGGAAGCGAAUGCCCUAUUUAACGAAUUGAAAAAAAUAUACAGUAACAAUGAAAAGGAUGGAGCAAGUGGCAACUACAUGAACAAUAACAAUUAUGCAAAAAAUAAAGGGGAAAAUAAAUUAGCUCAAGAUAUGAUGUAUCACAGUCAGAACUUUUUUAACAAUUUAAUAAAUCCUAAUGAUCUUCAAGAAAUGAUAAAAUUUUAUUUGUACUUGCAAGAUCUUUUAAGUUCCAAAAAUGAAACUUCGGAAAAAAAAAUGGUCAAAACAUUUCUCAGAAAAACAAUACAAAAAAUGAAAGACAAUGAAAACAGUGAUGAAAAAAAAUCCAUUGAUGAUAUCAUUAAGGAUAUAGAAGGACAUUCACAAAUGCUAGAAAAACUAGCAGAGCUUAUGAAAAUAAAAAAAGAAAAAUUACAAGAUGAGGAAGUCAAAAAUAAAUUAAACCAAAUACUCAUUGGGAUGAUGAAAUUCAUCGAUUACACAAACAAUAGCGAUAUUGCAAAGACACUCAUGGAUGAAAUUAAAAUUAAGGAAGUUAAAGACGCUGAUGGUGCGACAAAGCCUAAGCUCGAAGUCAACAUCGGCAAUAGCCAAGCCCACUUGGAAAUGUUACAAAAGGCUACCAACUUCAUGGGCAUGAAUAUUGACCCUGAGGAGCUUAAGAAUCUCACCAUCAACAAUAAGUGGUACGAGAGUUUUCUCAACAAUCUCCUCAACAACUCGGAUGAACUGUGA